UUCUUUUUGAACCCCCUAUUCACCAUUAGAAGAAAUUUGCCAGUCAUAUUUCCAAUACCCUGCACCAGUUUUCUUCUUAAAACAGGUUCAGGGUUAAGUGUCCAGGGCUCUAUUCCAGAGGAAAAUGACUUAUUUUAAAAACAGUGAAAACACCACAUUCCUCUGGCACAGGAUGAAGACCAGCUCAGCUCUUCAGUCGUCGAAUCAUUGUCUAUUGUUCUCCAAACAGUAAGCUUCUCUUUCACAGAUUGUGGACUGCUGUUAUAUCCAAGUCCUAGGCUCCUCAUGAAUAUGAAGUAAAAGGCUCUGAAAUAAAAAGAGUUGCCGAACAGGGUGAAAUGGGGGCUCGACAAUGCGAAGGCUGCCUAAGUGGUCUACUGAUUCCUCUGGCACUUUGGAGUAUAAUUGUGAAUAUAUUAUUAUAUUUCCCAAAUGGACAAACUUCCUAUGCAUCCAGCAAUAAACUCACCAACUACGUGUGGUAUUUCGAAGGAAUCUGUUUCUCAGGUGUCAUGAUGCUCAUAGUAGCAACAGUCCUUCUUGUACUGGACAGUGGAAACAACUAUAAAUGUUGCCAGAGUGAAAACUGCAGCAAAAAGUAUAUGACACUACUGUCAAUUAUUUUUUCUGCCCUUGGAAUCGCCUUCUCUGGAUAUUGCUUGGUCAUAUCUGUGCUGGGCCUUGUUCAGGGGCCAUAUUGCCGUACCCUCAAUGGCUGGGAGUAUGCCUUUGAAGACACUGCAGGACGUUUCCUUACAGAUUCCAGCACAUGGGCUCAGUGUCUGGAACCUGCACAUGUAGUAGAAUGGAACAUCAUUUUAUUUUCCAUCCUCAUAACUCUCAGUGGGCUUCAAGUGAUUGUUUGCCUCAUCAGAUUAAUUAUUCAGUUAAUCAAGAUACUGUGUGGAACCUAUUCAGUCAUCAUUCAGCCUGGAGUCAUUUGAAUAAGAUCAAGAAAGUUUUUCAUGAUGAAGAAAUGACUAUCAUAUCUACUUGAGGACAAUAUUCAAAUGAUGAUGUUUUCUCCAUGUGGUAUUUAUUUUGCUGUUUGUGAAGUUUGCAGUCUUCAUUGCAGAUGCCACUCUUCAAUUUAGAAUUUUUUCUAAGCAAUGUGUGUCAAUAUCUUUAGAAAUGUUUGUACCCUUUGAUCAAACAAAUCCAUUUCUAAUAAAAUAUAUUAUGAAAAAUAAGAAUAUAAGAUAAAACUUUAUGCAAAUGUACAUAUGGCAGCAUUAUGUAAUAUUCUGGCAAAUUAGAAAUACCCAAAAAGCCUAAUGUUAGGAGAAGGAUUAAAUGAAGUAUGGUAUAUUAGUCAUACUACGCAGUUGUUACAAAUGAUGUUAUGUAGUCAUUACAAAUGAUAGUUUAAAAAUUAUGAAUACUGCUAUGUGAAACUGCAUAUUUAAAAUUAUGUUUAAUGAGUAACUACCUAAAACAAACAAAACAUCGAAUACUCUAAACUUAACAUAAAACUAAAUCUGGAAGAGAUUUAGUCAUCUGUGGUUGAUUUUGGUUAUAGGUGACACUUCUUGCCUUUUGAUAUUUUCCAAGUUUUCUUUAUUAUGUUUCAUAAUUAAAAGACUUAUAAAAACCUCAUUUUUGCUAUUUUUUAUUUUUCCAAUAUUUAUAAUACAUUUUUCCAACCUUGAGUCACAGAAUCACAUUUCAAGCAAUGUACAAUGAAGAACAAAGCUAGACAAGCCAAAAAACGUUCAAUAUAAAUUUAUAAAAUAUGAGCUGUUGUCCUUAAUUUCUCAUUCCUAGUAAUGAGGGUAGUGAGAUACAAGUAGUAACCUUGAAAUAAGUGAGCACAUGAGGGCAUGCUCAAUGGGUUAGAAAAAGUGACCACCUGCCAGUUGAUAACUAUGAUAUGGGGAAUUACCAUAAGUCAUAUUUAUUUUUUUAAUUUAAGUAAAACUAUCUACUAUACUUACCAUGUCCUGAGGACAGCAGUCAUGUCUUAUAUUUUCACAUCAUCCAGAAGAUGUAGCACAAGUGGGCAUAGUAGACACUCAAUGUUGGAUAUUCAUGCCAGGUCCUUCUGUUUUCUGCUGAACACAUGUCUCCAUCACAAGUCUACAGGACUGUGAUACUUCUGACACUUCCCCAUCUCUCUCCUUCAUGGACAUUGUCCACAGAUUCUGUGAUACCCACUCUAUUCCAAAGCUGAGAAGUUGUCUAGGAAGGAUAAUGUCUUUCCUUGGUCCUGCUCUGCCUACAGUCUCCUUUAAGAGACAAUGCCCUGUCUGUCCACUGACUUUGCUGAAGUAAACAUCUUGGAAAAUAAGCUAUACUGUUACCAUUCCACCCCUAUGCCUGGAACCACUGAAAGUACUGGGAUUGGUGCCAAAACACAGACAGCCUAUUCUCACCCUACUGGCUCUAAUGUAUUCUAAAGUGAAACUCCGCUUAAGAAUCUGAACUAGGAAUCCAAGAAUGCAGCAACACAGGCCUUGCAGUUAGGAAAAUAAUGGACAAGGAAGGACACUAACAUAAUGAAUAUCUGUUUGAGCUAUCAAGUUCAUAGGCUUGUCAUAUCUAGCACCCUCAAUUUUUCAACUCCCUCAAAUACCCCUCAAUCCUCUUGUAAACAAAUUUCUGGCACUGACCAGUUUGUCAGACACAAUCAGACAAUUUUUGUCUUGUUAAAUUCAUUAUGGAACCACACAUUGAAUGGACCACAAAUAGAUGUCAGCUGAGUGAUUUCACCGCAGAAUUGGGAACAUGGCUAACAAUGAGCACAAUCAGAUGCAGUACAAUCUACCUAUCAGUAAAUUAAAUAUUAACACAGUCACCUGAAUUUUGUUUUGCUCGUUGGUAGCAUAUAGAGAAAUAAAUCAGGGACAGACAAAACUAAACUAAAACAAACCCUAGAAACCUAACUUCAGAGGUAAGACUAUAAGAGGAGAAAGGUAGAGAUGGGAACAAAGUGGAGAAGUCCCAGUGGACUAUCCUCAAGGAGAAUGGUGGUGGAUGUGGUGCUGAUUCACAUCUGAAGAGGCAUGAACCAGUGCCUCUGAAUCACACAUGCUGUAAGUCAACAUUAUGUCAAUAAAAAAAUACAAUGAAAAUAAAUAAAUCUCUUCUAAAGAGCAAGUAUCAAAUUCUUUCUGUAAAAUCUGUUUAAGGAGCUUACCUGCACUAGGAAAGAACUAGACACGAAAGUAAUGGAUGAGGACCCUUUCUUCUUACUCUUUUUAAAAGGUAAAUCUUUCCAUUUGCUAAUUCUCAGGGAGUCUGGGUAUUGUCAGCUAAUCCUCAUUGAGAAUUUAUUCUAUUUUAUGCAUUUAUAUGUGUUUACUUAUUAUUGCUCUUGUUAUUUUCAUAGAUUCUACCUCAUUGUACUUUGCUUCUUAGAUUAAAUUAAUUUUCAAUCUUUCCUCUUUUCUUAAACAUUUAGGAUGAUGUAUUUUUUUCUUUACCACUUUGGCUACAUGUC